UGGAAAUGUUGAUGACGUGAAUGAUGGGACUUAGAGUGACACUGUUGGACUGAGAAGAAAUGGAAUUUGAUUGACUUAUCAUGUCAAAAUCGGGCUUCUUUGGACUUGAGUCAAGAGAAGUUGUGAGGGUUAAAGUGAAGAAAUAUGAAAGUUUUAUGCAGCCAGAGUCAAAGAAAUUUUCAUUGGACCCACAAAUCACAUCAUUUGAAAUGCUUCAACACAUAAUAGCAAGUGCUUUCAAUAUAAGAGGAGAUUUUACCAUGAGUUACCUUGUUAGAGAUGACUAUGGACAGGAAAUCUACCUGAGUAUGUUGUCUGAUUGGGAUAUGGAUGCAGCCAUUCAAAGUGCUUCAGAUCCAUGCUUACAACUCAAAGUGGAUGCCAGACCAUUUGAAGAGGGACUGGAUGACUGGGACAUCAUUGCUCCAGUAGAUGUGCCACAAUACAAAAUGUCCAGUUUCCUGGAACGUAAUAUUUUAGGCUCUUUGACUGGGACACUUUCAAGUGGAAUGGGAAAAACUCUUACACAGAUGCAAAGAGCAAUGGGAAUUAAAGUGCAGGAAGAAGUUAAAUUUAAAGCAGCAAAACCCCCAAUGUCUGAUCAGGAAUUCAGAAAUUUUCUUGACUCAAUUGGGCACAUGAUUAAACCAGAAGAAUUUCGAAUAAGUAUAUAUCAAGGUGGUUGUGAACCAUCUUUGAGAAGAGUAGCUUGGAGGCACUUGCUAAACAUUUUUCCAAAUGGACUUUCUGGAAAGGAAAGAUUUGAAUAUAUGAAGAGAAAAGAAAAAGAAUAUUUUGACUUGAGAGAUCAUUGGAAAAGAUUAGUAAAUGGAGAGUCAAUGUCAGAGGAAAUGAAAUUUGUGACAUCAAUGGUCAAAAAAGAUGUUCUAAGAACUGACCGUACACACAAAUUCUACUCUGGUUCUGAUGAUAACAAAAAUCUGAUUUCGUUGUUCAAUGUACUGGUGACAUUUGCACUGACUCACCCAGAAACUUCAUAUUGCCAAGGCAUGAGUGAUAUAGCUUCUCCACUGCUAGUCAUACAGAAAGAUGAGGCUCAAACCUAUCUCUGUUUUUGUGCCAUUAUGAGAAGACUGAAAAAUAAUUUUAAUAUUGAUGGACAAGCUAUAACCAUGAAAUUUAAACAUCUUUCUGAUUUGCUUCAUGUGCAUGACUCAGAGUUGCACUCCUACUUCCAAAAAAUCAAUGCUAGCGACUUGUUCUUUUGUUACAGAUGGAUAUUAUUAGAACUCAAGAGAGAAUUUCCUUUUGAAGAUGCUCUUUACAUGUUAGAAGUAAUGUGGAGCACAUUACCACCUGAUCCACCAAGUUUGGAAGUUCCACUUGUAGAUGAGUCAUUCUCAAAAGAAAACUUAUCUCGUUUACCAUGCUCCCCAUCUUUUGGUAUCCAACAAACUGUUUAUGCGAAACUAAAUGCCCUGAGAAGACAAAAGUCAAUAUUAAAAAAUAAUUCUUCAUUUGAAGGGGAAAAUAUAAGUGAAGAGGAAUUAAGUCAGAAAAGUGUAAACAAUAACUCGAGAACAACUGAUAUUUUGGAUGAAUCCGGCUCAGUAGUGAAUUCCCAAGAAUAUCCAGUCUUAAAUGAUACCGAGACACAGAAUAUGGUUGUAAAGAGUUCAUCCAUUGAUGGAUCUUUAAAAGAUCCUGUUGAAAAAAGUCAUGAUGAUAAGGUAGAAAAUUUCCAUGAAAAAGAUUUACACUUUCAGAUUUCUUUGGAUAAUGUUAAAAAUAUCCCAGAAAGUGAUGAAACUGCAUUUCUUACCUUUCAAGAUUUCAUCCAAAUGAAAUUGAACUGGAAGUUUAAAUUUUGCUGUUUAAUAGCAGUUGUGUUAGUCACCAGUAUUUUAUAUGAAUUAUGGUUUGUUGGUGGAGAAGAGAUUUUAUUUUACAAGCCAGUAUCUAGGCAAAGCAGCAAGGACAUUUUCAGUUUUUCCCUCAAUCAACAACAUGUAUACCAAACAGAUGGAAUGUUAAACAACAGAUUUUUUUCAGCAGAAGAUGUUACAGAUUUCAUAUUACUGAUUUUAAAAGAUAAAAAUGUUAUGGUGGCUUUACAAACUGUAUGGAAAAAAACUUCAAGAGACAAAGAGAAAUUAUUGUAUGACCUGAUUAAAAAUGAGAAAUUUGAGGACAAGGCAAAUUUCAUGCUGAAGGACAUAUUAAACAAAAGGAAUAAGAAUGUAUUUUUGGACAUUAAUGAAAAGUAUGAGUUUAGUGUUUUAAAUCGCACAUGUCAGAACAUUGAGAGGGAUCUCCAAGGAAGAGGAAAGUGCAUUUUGUCACUAGAGGACACGUUGUGCUCAGAGAGAAAACUAUCAGACAAGACUAAAAGGAAAAAGCAGAAAAACAAAUCACAACAGAUAUGGACAGGACAAAAAGUGAAACUUUGUGAUUACAUGUAUAUGAAUUCAAGUACUUUUGUGUAUCUUCCAUACCUAAAAAAUCCAUGCUAUGAGGAAUGUGAGAGUGGAUACAAUACUAUAAGAUGUCUUCCAUAUUUCAUGAUUAUUGGUAUGCCAAAGUCAGGAACCUCGAGCCUCUACUAUCAUCUAAUACAGCACAAGGAGGUUGUGCCAGGCAAGAGAAAGGAACCAAUGUAUUUUAAUAGGAACUGCUAUAGAGGUAUGCAUCUGAAUGACUACACUAUGAAUUUUGAUGAAAUAAAAACCCAUCUUACAGCUGGGAAGCAGUUUUCUCCUUUAAUCACUGGUGAUGCUUCUGCAGAUGUUGCAUUUGAUAGUUGGGACUGGAAGAACUUUCCUGGAAAUGAAAGACUUAAAGAACCAAAAUAUGUCCUUCCAUUUUUUAUACGUAAACUGCUUCCAGGGCUGAAAAUCAUAAUAAUGCUGCGUGAUCCCGUGGAAAGGUUGUAUUCUGACUAUUUGUUUGAGGCUCCUCUUGCUAACUAUUUGUUGUCACUGGAAGACUUUCACCAAGCUGUGCACAGAGCAGUCAGGAAUCAUGAACUCUGUCAAGCCCAAUUCUCUGUUCGCACUUGUGCAUACAAUUCAUCAUUAGAAAACUACAAGGCAAGGCUGCGAGUAGGCAUGUACUAUGUAUUCCUGAUGGACUGGUUGAAUAUAUAUCCACAGAAUCAAAUUUUAGUGAUUGAUUUUGAUGAAUACACAAAAGACAAAAGAAAAAUUCUCAACAAAGUGGCUGAAUUUCUGGAAUUAAGUAAAUUAACUGAAGCAGAAUCAGAUAUAUUUCUUGAAGACCAUGAAAAAGAAAAUCAACGGUCCAACCAGACUAAGGCUCUUGGAGACAUGUUACCAGUGACAAAGAAAAUGCUUCAGGAAUUCUAUAAGCCAUUCAAUGUGAAACUAUCACAGUUACUGAAAUCAAAAAAAUUUCUUUGGUCUGAUGAAAAAUGAAAUUCAAAACCAUAAAAGAAAUUUAAAAAGUCUGAUUUAAUCUAUAAAUAUACAUGUUUUUAUUAUU